GGUUCCUGAGGCGGCGCCAUGUUGGAGUUGAGCGGAAGGGAGAUGAUCAACCAAUCCAUGCAGAAGAAGUGAGUCAGUCAAUAACAUUACUUGAGGAGGCUGCACAUCUCCCAAGAUAAGAAGGACUCUGUUACUAACUCAUUGCCUGACAUCCCUGGCAGGAAACUUACAGCAUGUACCAGGCGUGAUAACACUAGACUGUCCAAUCAAGUAAUCACAAAGGGAUUUUCACAGAGCCUGGAAUGGAUGGGUACAGUGUAAUACCAUGUUAUUGGCUCUAUAUUGUCACAGAAAGAUCACAAACUUAGAGGAAGAAUUCAGUAGUCAGAGAUAUCACUUCACAUCACUUGAAGCUGAUGCCAGCUAGGAAAGCAUUACUGAAUCUAAUGAUUUAACACAGUGCUUUUUAACUAUCCAUGGAUUUUCAAAUAGAAGAAGAGCCCUCUGUUAGCACGAACACACAUUAUACAACAGAUAAAAAGGGAGGAUGUUUAAAGAGACUAGAUUCUACUUGGAGGUUCUUCCAUUCAGUCCACUUUUUUGUCUACCUGACUCAUUUAAUAUCUACAUGGGGCGAUCGUAUGUGGCACUUUGCUGUCUCACUUUUCCUGGUGGAACUCAAUAACAAUAGUUUGCUGCUUCCAGCUGUUUUUGGUUUGGCUGUUUCUUCAUCACUUAUUUUAUUUGGUGCCUUAGUUGGAAACUGGGUUGACAGAAACACCAGAAUGAAAGUUGUGCGAGUUGCUCUUCUUAUCCAGAAUCUCUCUGUGAUCUUAUGUGCUGUGGUGCUUAUGUUGCUAUUUGUUUAUAAUGCUGAGAUCACUAUCCUAUGGAAUGGUUGGAUGAAGAUUGUUUGUUACGCAUUGGUGAUUGUCAUUGGUGUGAUUGCAGACCUGGCUAGCACAGCAAUGUCAAUUGCAAUUCAACGUGACUGGAUUAUAGUGGUUGCUGGAGACAGUGACAAACUAUCAAGCAUGAAUGCUACAUUGAGGCAAAUUGAUCUUCUCAGCAAACUGCUUUCACCGAUGGCCGUGGGCCACAUUAUGGCUAACACAUUUUCUGUAGUUGGAUGUGGUUUUAUAGCUGGUUGGAAUUUGUUCUCCAUGUGUUUUGAAUAUUUGUUGCUGCAAAAAAUAUAUAAAAUGACUCCAGGACUUGCAAAAAAAGGUGAUAACCAGAAGAAGGAGGAAGAAGUUUCAGAAAGAAAUCAGACUGCUUUUAAAGAUGGAAGAAUGACCUCCGCUGCAGUUUCAGUUGAGGAUGAGCUGGUUAAUAAUAACUGUACAAAUCAAAAUGACAAGGAAACAGGCUGUAUCAAAGGCAUUCUAGUUUCUGGAAUCAGGACAUUCCGAGACGGUUGGAUUAUCUAUUAUAAGCAACCAAUGUUUCUUGCUGCAUUGGGUCUUUCAUUUCUUUACAUGACAGUACUAGGAUUUGAUGGAAUUACUGUAGGGUAUGCUUAUGCACAAGGAAUAAGCAGUUCUGUAAUUAGCAUGAUGGUGGCACUGUCUGCUGUUACAGGACUAAUAGGAACUAUGUUUUUCACUAUAUUGAGAAAAUAUUGCGGCCUUAUUCACACUGGAUGUUUCUCAAGUAUUGCACAGAUCACUUGCCUUACACUAUGUGUUGCAUCUGUGUUUGCUCCUGGAAGCCCACUUGUUUUGAGUGCACCUCUAUAUUCAAGUGCAUCGGAUCAGCUGGAAAACUAUACAACUACCAUCUUUCCCACUAACGUUUUGAAUACAUCUGUCACUAAACAGUCUUUCAUUUACAAAGAUGUUCGAUAUAACGUAUCUUCGCAACUACCAACCAACCUGACGAAUUUCACAGAAACAAAGGAAUAUCUUUCCAUAGCACUAUUUUUUGCUGGUGCUGUUUCAGCAAGAGUUGGUUUGUGGAGCUUUGACCUGACAGUAACACAGCUUAUCCAAGAAAUGGUUUAUGAAUCAAAAAGAGGAAUUGUAAAUGGCGUACAGGGCUCCAUGAAUGGUAUUAUGGACCUUCUCCACUUUGUCAUGGUUAUCAUCAUCCCGGCACCCGAACAUUUUGGUAUUCUUGUUAUCCUGUCUGUGAUCUUUGUUUCAGUGGGUGGGUUGCUUUUCUUUUGCUUUGCAAGAAAGACUUUGGGAAAGGAUUUAUUCAAAUGUGUUUGUAUGAAGGAAAAACACUCUGAGAAUGGCAAAAAUACAAAGAUUGUAGCAGAAUCUAUCCUUUGAUGGGCUGUUGUAGAUUUUUGUGUUGGUUUAGAGGAUUUGACAGAAGUUAAUAUCACAAAACAGUUUCUAUAAGGUGUAUUACAGUGAAAAUCCAG